UUUGAAGACGGGUCUGCUCCUUUUAGAAUCUGCAGCGCAUGCGCAGACCGCUGUCCUUACAAAGGGACCACCAAAUGUGCCUGAGAGGACACUGCACUCUGAUUGGUCAUCAUAUUAUGCGAGAAGAGCUUCAGUGACGUCUAAAGGGGAUCCUGCAGUCAUUUCAUAAACACACAGUCGGGUUUUUAUUUAAUAUUUUUUAUUUCCAAACAGCUUAAGAUAAAAUAAUAAAAAAAUCCAUCAUAAGGUUAAAAAACGACAUUAUACUUUUUUCUUUAUUUAAAUGCUUUUGCAAGGCGUGGACGAUAAAAAAAAGAAGAAACAGCUACUAAACAGAAUCCCGUGUGCUGCCAUGGACAGUGUGAAGAUGGAAUCUGUCCAGAUUAAAGAGGAGUUCCCUGAACUUGAACCUGCCCCCAUUAGAGUGGAGUUCUCUGGGCUGGCUUCCCUCCCCAUUAAACAGGAGCUCUGUGAGAUGCAAUGUGACAGCAGUCAGCCAGAGGUCUCUGAGAUUAAAGCUGAGCACAAUGAAUUGGAGAUCCCCCAGACAGAAGAACCCCUUCCUGUGAAACAAGAAGAGGUGCUGGAAACUGUCCGUAUUAAACAGGAGCCCCCUGAAGUAGAGUUUGACCACAUGGAACCAGUGAAGGAAGAAUCCGAGGACUUCAAACCAAACAUCCCUGAGCUGGAGCCUGUACGCCUGCGGGAGUGUAGCGUGGUGCUGGAGAGAAUCUGCGUGAGAGAGCAAGGCGCUGGAGAGGAAGGCUCUCCCAACAGCAUGCAAGGAGGUGGAAAGGAAGACGGGCGCUCCCAUUCAGAAUGCAGUCUAGCAGGUUCCAGUCCAGCAGCUAAAGUGAGAGCGGGCGGUGGAGAAUAUCCUGACUGUGGGAAAGGUUUCAACCAGUUGAGGAAUUUAAAAAUACACCAGCGAACUGACACAGGAGAGAAACCGUAUCGCUGCUCUGACUGUGGGAUGAGUUUCAGUAGGACAGGUAGCCUUGUUUCACACCAGCGAAUUCACACAGGAGAGAAACCUUAUCGCUGCUCUGACUGUGGGAAGUGUUUCAGUCUGUCAGGAACCUUGAAAAAACACCAGCGAAAUCACACAGGAGAGAAACCGUAUUUCUGCUCUGACUGUGGGAAGAGUUUUAGUCGGUCAAACAGCCUUGUUGUCCAUCAGCGAAUUCACACAGGAGAGAAACCGUAUCGCUGCUCUGAUUGUGGGAAGAGUUUCAGUAAGACAGGUGGCCUUGUUUCACACCAGCGAAUUCACACAGGAGAGAAACCUUAAAGACCAUAUUCAGUGGGACUUUACACUCGUGAGGGAAAAAAUGUUAACCUUGCAUUAUGAAUCCCUGUGUAAUUACUGUUUUGUGUCAGAAAGUGGGCGGAGACGCGGACACGUCACAAGAGGCUUCUCUGCUGUCAGUUUAACUCAGGCUGUCAAUGCAGUCAGUGCCUGGGAGCGGGAAUAUGCAGAAAGGAAACUAUUCUGCACCUCAUCUGAUGGACGAGUCAGGAGAAAUUGAUAACUCAGUGUGGGGAAUGAGUUUCAGGGUUUAGCAUUUAAACUGCAUAGACUUGAAAAUAAAUACAUUGAUGGGAACGAGUAUCCCGACCCCGGUAUGUAGCAUCCCAGAGACAAGACUGCACCGUCCUUACUGGACAACCGCCUGGAGGGUUUGUCUUGUAAAUUCAUCAUGAUUCUAAAACUAAUGAAAAUGAUAGUGUCCCAUGGCUGCAUUGACAUGAAUGGCUGAAUAUUGCAUGACGUGUCGCUUUGCAAUGUGCAUUGUCCAUGCUUGUAUUAGUGCUGCUCUUGUAAACUGCCCUGAGUAAUAGCAGUGUAGAAAGCUUGUGUACGGAUCUUAGGUACAGAAAGUCAAAUUGUGUAAUCUGAGUUCUAAUGAGACUUGACUGUUCAAUUAAACCUUGUGUGUGCUGAUUGAAUGAUUUGAUUGAUAUACAACAGGAUACUAAACCAUGCUAAAGAAAGAACAGAAUACUGCACCGCUCUGUAUCACCAGGAUGUGUAAGCAAUGUGCAUUUCAAUACCUUCCUGCAUUGCUUGCUGUUCUCUGAGUUUAAUAAAGUAUUAGUAUUAAA